CUUCGCUCCAACUGCCUCACCUCGAGAGAUUUUCAAGAUGCAACACCAAAUUAUAGAUCAUGAAGGUAACAUCUAUAUCCUGACUGAAGAAGAAUAUCUUCGUGCUUCAAAAGAUUUAGUAUAUUGUACCCAAUUAUUAGAAAACGCAAAAGAGAAAGAAAAUAAUGAAAAUAUUGUGCAGCAAGAAAUACAGUCUGAUAAUGAAGUUUAUGAUGGCUUUAGAUGGGCGGAUGAACCUACAAGAUUACUUUUAGCAACAUAUAAACGGCAUGAAAAUUUAUUACAUACAGGAAAAUUAUCUGUAAAGAAAUUUUGGGAAAUGAUAUCCAACAAGUUAAAAGAAAGGGCAUACGACGUUACAGGACAACAAUGUAAAAGUAAAAUUAACAGAUUAAAGAAAACAUAUAAAAAUGUUAAGGAUUAUAAUAACAAAAGCGGUAACAAUAAGCGGACUUGGCUUUAUUUUGAGAUCAUGGAUGAGAUGUUUGGACAAAAACCAUGGGUGACGCCAAUUUUAACUUUAGAUUCUUCAAACAGGAAUAUAUUAUCCCCUGCCAGUUCUACUUCAAACAACAACAGUAACAUCAGUAGUAACACUUACAAUGAGAUCUCUUCAUCUCCACAAUCUUCUAAAAGUUCUCGAAAACGACAGAAAGUAACUCAAGAUACUGCGUUAGAAAAAUUACUCGCAGUUAUGGAAGAAAAUAAAGAAGAAAGGAAAAAAAUGCAUAACGAGGCUGUGGAAAGACAAGAUCGAAUGUUAAAUAUCUUAGAAAAAAUUGCCAACAAAUAACAACGAAUCUACUUUUCUUGGUGAUUUCCAACUGUGAUUUUUUUUUAAGUUUGGCUUUGACAUUAGUAUGUUUAAUUAAUUUUAGUGAGAUGUUAAUGUGGGCUGUGCUCUUUUACCACAAAUGAUUUAUUUUUAUUAGAAUAAGUGAAGCCAAUGAUAAGCCAAAGAUAAGAGAAAACAUUAUUUUCAUAUAUUUCUCAUGUCAAAUAUCGCACAUCACAACACGCUAAAACAUAAUA